GAAAAACAAUGCAUGCAUAAGUCCACACUUAACACUUCUGUGUCGACUCAGUGAGUGUCUGUGUGACAGUUGACUUAAACAUUGCUGAACAUGGCCGUCCCAGUUCCUUCUCGUCAGCUUUUCAUCGCCGGCGAAUGGAGAGAACCGCUUCUGGAGAAAAGGAUCCCAAUCAUCAACCCCGCCACUGAAGAGAUUGUAGGGGACAUAGCAGCUGCUACUGCUGAAGACGUGGAUUUGGCAGUGGAUGCUGCUCGCACGGCGUUCUUCAGUAAUGAAGGGAAGGAUUGGUCCUCUGCUUCUGGUGCUUAUCGUGCGAAGUUUCUUCGUGCCAUUUCUGACAUGAUUUUGGAGAGAAAGUCUCUACUGGCCAAACUUGAAACAAUCGACACCGGCAAGCCACUAGAUGAAGCAAUAUCUGAUAUGGAAAGUUGUGCUUCUUGCUUCAAGUAUUAUGCAGAGCUUGCAGAAGCAUUGGAUUUGAAGCAAAAAAUUACUGUGCCUAUACAGCAGCAGUCAUUCAAGACCCAUGUCCUUAAGGAACCCAUUGGAGUUGUUGCCCUUAUUACUCCUUGGAACUACCCUCUUUUGAUGGCUACCUGGAAGGUCGCUCCUGCUCUGGCCGCCGGAUGUACUGCUAUACUCAAGCCAUCCGAAUUGGCAUCUGUGACUUGUUUGGAGUUGGCAGAGAUUUGCAGACAGGUGGGUCUUCCUUCUGGCGUCCUUAAUGUUGUGACUGGGUUAGGCUCAGUAGCUGGUGCCCCUAUGUCAUCUCAUCGUCAUGUUGAUAAGAUAGCAUUUACUGGAAGCACAGCAACAGGAAUUAAGGUCAUGACAGCUGCAGCUCAAUUGAUCAAGGACAUAUCUUUGGAACUUGGUGGAAAGAGUCCAAUUGUUGUGUUUGAGGAUGCAGACCUUGAUACUGCUGCAGAAUGGACUAUCUUUGGCUGCUUUUUUACAAAUGGUCAAAUCUGUAGUGCAACAUCUCGUCUUCUUGUUCAUGAAAGCAUUGCAGCUGAAUUCUUGGAAAAACUUGUUGACUGGAGUAAGAACAUCAAAAUCUCUGAUCCCAUGGAAGAAGGUUGCAGGCUUGGUGCCAUUAUAAGUGAAGGACAGUAUGAGAAGAUCAUGAGUUUCAUUUCAACAGCCAAGAGCGAAGGUGCAACCAUUCUAUAUGGAGGUGCCCGUCCUCAACAUCUUAAGAAAGGGUUUUUCAUUGAACCAACAAUCAUAACAGAUGUUAGCACCCCAAUGUCAAUUUGGAGGGAGGAGAUUUUCGGACCGGUUUUAUGUGUCAAAACAUUCACUACGGAGAAUGAAGCCAUCGACCUAGCAAACGACACUGACUAUGGCUUGGGGGCUGCUGUGAUUUCAAAAGAUUUGGAAAGGUGUGAACGCUUCACCAAGGCUGUGCAGUCAGGGAUUGUGUGGAUAAACUGCUCACAGCCCUGCUUCAAUGAAGCCCCCUGGGGAGGCAACAAGCGCAGCGGAAUUGGGCGUGAACUUGGAGAAUGGGGCCUGGAAAACUACUUGAGCAUAAAGCAGGUCACCCACUACACUUCUGAAAAGCCAUUGGGGUGGUAUUCUGCUCCCCGAAAACAGUGAAGAAGGGAAAAUUAGAAGAAGAAAUAAAAAUAUCCAACGCAGUGAAGAAGGGAAAAAUAUAAUAUAAAUGUAAGAAAACAAAAUGUAUAUUACAACUACUAUGUUGGAUGCACUUGAUGUUGUAAACUUGAAGUGGUAAAUGGAUUGUAGCUCAAGUGAUGAUAAACAUUUAUUUUG